AUGCUUUCACACUUCUUGCAGGAUGCGCCACAUGCCGCACGGUGCGUGCGCGCGCUCGAGGUUAGCUGGCCGUGCGAUGCUCAUGUCAAGCUCCCUGCCGCAUUACGCCUCCUUCCGCGCCUACGGCGCCUCACGCUCUGUAUCGCCGGCAUCUACGCGCCCGACCGAGUGGUCUUGGGCGCUGACGGACUCGUGCGUGUCGACAGCUCCGAGAACAACACAGACAGCGACAGCAUCGGCAGUGAAGGCAUCGUGCUCUUCGAUGCGGCCCGCGUGUGGAUGCACGCCUAUCCCCUAGCGUUCCACGCGACAGGCGAUAUGCUCGGAGGGUGGGGCGCGCCGCAGCGCAUGGUGCAUGCGCUCUUUCUCUUUCGCUCUGUCGACACGCCGCUCGUCGAUCAAGGCAGCGCCGCGCUCUUCAGUCGCGUACCCCGGAACAUUCUCUACCCACCUUUCAUGCACGCACGUAUGCUCAUUCUCGAGCCCAGUUUCUGCGGGGAGGCCGUCCAGGAGAUCGUGCGGCGCCUCGUGCAGCAGCAUCCCGUGCAAGCGCUCGCCGUGAGAGGCGUCGAACGUCGGACCGGCAAGUUCGAGGACGACUAUGUAUGGUUGCACAACAUCGCUGGGGAAAGAUUCGUUGCGCAACUCAUGCAGGACCUCGCCGUGGCGAGCGAGCUCAAGGCGCUGCAGCUUGUAUGUGCGCCGUAUGCCCCACCGGACACCCUGCCCGCAGGCUUCGCGCGCUGUGUGCACCUACGGCUCGUCCGCCUCUCAGGCUUCUGGACGUGCGCGCAUGCGGCGAUAUCGUACCUUCAUGCGCUCGCGCAUGCACCGACGCUCUCUGUGCUCAUGCUCUCAUUGCGUACAUCGUUGGCACCACGAAUGUGGAUUGCGGUGGCCCGGCUCUAUUGGGAGGCUGUCGACGAGGAGAUUGCGGCGGUGCUGCCUCGCGUGCGUGUCAUCGUGGAUCUGAUCGUGGAGGCGGAGAGGAAUGGGAUGGGUGAGGUGCUGAUGAGGAAGAUGCGCUGUGCGGCUUUGUGCGGGAUGGUUUCUGUCAGGAGUGCGAACAAGCCAGAGUGGGAAUCAUAUGGAGAUGUUGAGAUGAGGCUACGAUUUGACGCAAUUCAGCACGAGUCCAUCUGA